UUCUCCUGUUUUUAAAAAAGAAAAUAUCUAUUAAUUUUUAUUUCAUUGGGAAGAUCGAGAUUCAAUCUAAUAAGCAGGUGUAAUCGCAUCUCAAGGCCAGGCAGUGGUCAGUUACGAGGACUAUCGGAUUUCGUACCUGGUCGGACGUCUGUCCUCAUUUUUUUCCGGAGCGUGUAAACGCGAUCUCAUUACCGAAGGCUUCUGGUCCGCAGUCGCGUCUCGACUCUCGUUGCAUGAGGAUGGAGCGAUGGGCCGGAAAGAUCGCCGUGGUAACCGGCGCCAGCGCCGGAAUCGGUGCAGCGAUCGUGCGAAGUCUCGUUAAACAAGGUAUGACAGUGGCGGGCUUCGCGAGGAGAGUGGAGAAAAUUAGGGAACUCGCUGACAGCUUGGAGGAUUCCUCGGGAAAACUUCAUCCCGUGGAAUGCGAUGUCGCUAAGGAGGAAAGCGUAGCUGUGGCUUUCGCGUGGGUAAAGGAUAAUCUCGGACCGAUAAGCGUUCUCGUGAAUAGCGCUGGUAUCACCAAGGAAUCCUCGCUCACAGACGGCACUUUGGAGGACUGGCGGUCCGUGUUCGACGUGAACGUUCUGGGACUCUGUCUCUGUACACGCGAGGCUGUACGCAUGAUGCGCGAGACGGCGGACGAGGAUGCUGUUGUGAUUCACGUGAAUAGUUUGGCCGCCGAAAGGGUGCCCUUUGUCCCGGGAUUUAGCGUAUAUCCGGCGUCAAAGCGUGCUAUCACCGGCCUCGCCAUGACUUUGCGGCACGAGCUUGCGGGCACGCGUAUACGCGUCACAAACAUCAGUCCCGGCUUAGUCGCGACGGAAUUCAUGGCUUCGUACAGCAUGUUCUCCCCGGAAGCGAUGGCAGCGGCGCCGACUUUGGCACCGGACGACGUCGCGGCAGCGGCAAUUUACGUGCUAUCAAAUCCUCCUCACGUUCUGAUACAGGAUGUCGUAUUGAGACCUCUGGGCGAAUCGUGGUAACUGGAUUUUCAAGAUGAAAAUACAUAAAAUGCAAAUUAGGACAAUCGUGCUUUUCACGUGCUUUUUACGAAACUAAUAAAAAAAAAACGGCAUCACUCACGCCUUCUCUUGUUGUAUUUCUUUUCUUAUUUACACAGCGCCGACGUAUUUUAGCAUGCUAGAUCAAUUAAAAAAUUAUUUAAAGUAAAAACUUAUACAAAUAUGUAAUAAAAUUCAAUACUUCAUUA